AUGAUCUACACCGUCAAGCUCCACGCGGUGGUGCUAUACAAUAUCGGCGACCACAUCACUCGAGACAUCCCUCUGCUGGUCGGGGUGAUGCUCGGCACCGUGUGUGAUGGGACCGUCGAAGUCCACCAGCUGUUCGAGGUCCCCGAGGCCCACGGCAAGCUCGACGAGGCGUUUCUCCAUAAACGCGCCGCCCAGUUCAAAACCGUGCUCCCCCAAUACUCCAUUGUCGGUAUCUACUUCAUUGGAGACUCGGUGAAUACCGAUAUCGUCGACCAGUUCUCGCUGUACGACCAGCCGCUUGUGGUGACGACGUUCACCGCUGUCAACAAGUUCACGCUGUAUUACCAAGGGAACCCGAUAAAGACGAUGGUGGUGGCGAGCGAAAGUGAGCGUAUUGCCACGGAGACCAUCGCUAGGUUCCAGGACUACUCCCAGCUGGCUCUGGGGAGCGUGCCGGAGGUGCUGUUGACGGCGCACCUGGCGAACUUGGCCCAGCUGGUGGCGCUGAUCUACGACCAGAUGGUGAAGAUCUUGGCGUGGAUGUCGGCAGACGAAAAGGACGUCGCCAAGCGAGUCAGGAUAAACAACAAGAUCGUCUACCUUUCUCAUAAGCUUGCUGCCCUUAAACGAGCGCCGGCACCGGACCCUACCACCAGCGUGUGUGCAGCAGAAUUGGCCCUUUUGACCGAGGAGUUGGCAGUACUCCUUAAACUCAAGGCUCUGGUUGCUCAGAAUGUGUUGAAGGCUAGUGUCGCUGGUGGUAGCGACCGUUUGUCCGAACAAUCCCGCCAGUGGGUCGACCAACUCGGGUCAUUCUGA